AAGACUGGAAGAGUAUAUCAAAAAUGCUGACAAUGCUGACAUAAUUUUUUAUGAGAGAUUCUUUAAUUUUGAGGUGAUGGCAGUUAAAAGCUCAAAGAAAAAAUACCAGGACAAACCUUGUUCAAAGGAAAAAUACAGGACAAACCUUGAAGUUUUUACAGGGUCAUAUUUUGCGAAAAAAACGACAUUUGCUAUGAUGUUCCUUCGUGGCUGGGCCGACUGUGAAUUUCGUCUGCCAAGAAAUUUUCACGGACAAGACAAUGGUGCUUUGCAUGUGGGUGCACACUCAAAAAGCUCAAAGGCAGCGUCCAGACAAAUGGAUAUAUGGGGUCUCACGUGGAAAGUAAAUUUGUGACC